UGGACGAAGCGCCUUUCAUUAUCCGGAAGGAGGCAAGAUGGCGGCUACCCCAGUGAGUAGAAAACCUUCCUUCUGGACACGACCUUCCCUUUUCUAGACCUUGUGCUGGUCCAGGGGCCGUCAACCAAAGGGUGGAUUCGUACCUCGGAGCCGCCUCUUCCCCUUUGCCAAUAAAGACCUUUGUGAGAAGACUGAAAAGAGCCCCGAUGACUUGGUCACCGGGACGCCACGAGGACGGCACCUGUUCCUGCCACCCCUCUUCAGUGCAGAGUGUUCACCAGACUCUGGAUGAAAUGGAUUUCGAGAGAGGGAUCUGGAACGCUGCGCUGAAUGGAGACCUAGAAGGGGUCAAGAGACACGUCCUCAGCUGUGGGAGACCUAAUGAGCCAGACCCUUUCGGAUACACAGCUUUGCACUAUGCCAGCCGCAACGGGCAUUAUGACACCUGCCUUUUCCUCCUGGGCCAUGGAGCCUCCUGCAAUGUCCGCACCCAUGGCGGGGCCACCCCCCUGCAUCGAGCGGCUUACUGCGGUCACAGAGCAAUAGUCGAGCUGCUGCUGGACCACGGAGCUGAUCCGGCUGCCAAGGAUGACGAUGGGAAGACCUGCCUCCACAAGGCAGCAGAGAAUGGGCACCAGGAACUCUGUGAGCUUAUCUUGGAGCGCCACCCUCAGCUGAGGCCCAUGCAGGACAACAGCCAGAGACGUGCUGGUGACUUGGUUCCUGCCAAGAAUGAAGGCUUGCGGAAGAAACUUUUAGAUCUGUGAUUUGUUCCUUGAAAAACCUGCCUGUUCCUUAAGCCAAACGUCCAUGUUGCGUCUUCUCUUCUGAAAUUACACCGAAGCAGCUGAACUGAAUUCAGUCUCUACUGUGUUUUCCCCAAAAUAAGACCUC